AUCGCCUCCUCGUGGUGUUCUCUGGGUAAUGCUAAAUGAUACUCAAAUAUUACUAUAUAUAGUUUAUGUAUUACAUUUAUUGACAGUAUAAAAAUACGAAAAUGAAUGGUUUUACAAAAACAACCAUUGCCAACUUAUUUUUGAAUUGAUCUAAACUAGUCUGGGUGAACCGAUAAUCAUAUGAAUAAUUAAUUCCUUAGGCUAAAUUAAAGUUAAAAAUUAAUAUUUUAUAAAUUAAACCAACCCAUUAAAUGGUAAUAAAUUAGGAAAAAUUAUAAAGUUUUCAUUAAAAAAAAUUUUCUUUUUUGUGUCUCCUGAAAAAAACCCAAAAUUUGAAAUUGGGCCCUUAUUUUAAUAAACGUGUCAAUUGCUGAUAUACUAAGCAGGUGGAAAAUGCGCAAAAUUACUGUUUGCUUACUUUUAUAGGUGACACAAAUGGAAAAGACGAUGGUUCUAUCGCAAUGUGACGACAAACUAAUUGCGCCGUAAAUGUUAAAAAGUAACUCGAUUGAGUGGAAACAUAACAGUUACAUGUCCAACCUACAGAAUGAGGUUACAAUAAAGCAGGAAUAUGCUUUAUUUCUAGAAUAAAUUGGAAAUAUUAAUAGUAUUGAAAAAAUAAUUGUAACAUCGCAUAUGGAACAUAUACUCGCGAAUCAUUCAUCUGUACCGAUUCAUUAUUCAUCUGUAACGAUAAUACGUCGAGUUGUGGUGAAAUUGAAACUAUUAUGAUCUCAUCAGAUGAUGAAAAUUCAAAUUCACAAACAGUUAUAAACAAUAAUAUCAUAGAUUAUUCAAACAAAAUCAAAGAAAUUAAAGCUGAAUUAGAAAAUCUUCGAGGUAUGAAAUGCCAAUCCCCAUUCAAAUAUGGGUUUAGUCGUCCAAUAUUAUGUAACGCGGUUAUCAUGUCUUUCACUCUGAAAAACACGACCUUUCCAAUGUCAUUAGAUAAUGUUCUGGUGACUGUAUUGUAUUUGAACCCUACCAGCAAUCCAAUGGUGCCUUGCAAGUACUGGGUAGACGGUGAAUGCAUGUAUUCUGAUCAGGAUUGUAAGUUUUCACACGGCACCCAAGUACCAUUGACUAGUAUAACAAAUUACAUAGAGCCCAAUUUCGAACAUUUAAGAAUAGGUAGUCUUGUAUUGGCAAAUACAUAUAAAGGCUGUCUCUGGUCUAAAGCGGUUGUAUUGGACAUCGAGUAUGGAACAUCGAUUAAGGACGGCACUUGUCUCGUUCGAUAUAAUACCAUUGGUUUAGGGGUGGCUAGAGUCCCGAUGCAUGAUAUAUAUCCAGGGAUUAACAAAUAUGAAUUUGUAGACGAAUAUUGCCACACAAAUUAUUUAGACUACAACAACAUGGGGAAAAUUGUCGCUCGUAACGAAGCCACUGAAAAUAAAGUACUCCAAAAACGGACAAAACUAGGGUCCUCAGAGUCCUUAGGCGACUGGGAAAAAUACACUAAGGGUAUCGGUUCAAAAAUAAUGGCGAAAAUGGGUUACAUAAAAGGAACCGGCUUGGGAAAAAACAAUAAAGGUCGAGUAGAACCUGCUGUGGCGACUGUUUUACCAAAAAGACAGUCGUUAGAUUAUUGCAUAGCUAUUGAAAAUGAAAAUCAUCGCAUGUAUCUUCAAAGAAAGCUAAAGAAAGUAAUAAUGUUUGCAAGAAAGCGACGUGUAGAAUAGUCAAGUCAUAUCAUGUAUAUUGUAUGUAUGUAUGUAUUGUUGUCAAUUUAAAAAUUGUUUUAAACUUCUAAGUGCCAAAAACGGCCUUAUAACAUUUAGUAAUUUUAUUAAGUAUAUAACUUUAAAAAAAAAAAUACGUAUACAAUAUAAUUAAUGAAAUAUUGAAAUAAAAUAAAUAUUUUCAAGUGUUAUUUAAAGCAAUACUCAUUAACUUAACCGUUUGUUUUUAAGGUCUAUUU